AUGACCGCAGUACCUCCUCCAACAAAUGUAUCCACUCUGUUACCCCUGGAACUUGUGGACAAAUGCAUUGGAUCACGCAUACACAUUAUUAUGAAGAAUGACAAGGAGAUGGUUGGUACCCUACUUGGUUUCGAUGAUUUUGUAAAUAUGCUACUGGACGAUGUUACCGAAUACGAAAAUACUCCGGAAGGAAGGCGUAUUACAAAAUUAGAUCAGAUUCUAUUGAAUGGAAAUAAUAUUACGAUGCUUGUGCCCGGCGGUGAUAUUCCCGAGUAG